AUGAGUGUCAUGAGUGCAUGUGUAUGUAUGUAUAUUGCGUGUGUAUGCAUAAGUGUGCACAAGUGUAUGUGUAUAAGUAUAUGUGUAUGUGUGCGGCAUGUCCAUGUGUCCACGCCUCCAUGUAACUGUGUGUACCUGUGUCUAAGUGUACGUGUGCUGCGCUGUGCUUACUAUCUGACUCUUUGUGACCCCAUGGGCUGUUGCCCACCAGGCUCCUCUGUCCAUGGGGAUUCUCCAGACAAGAAUACUGGAGGGGGUUGCAUGCCCUCCUCCAGGGGAUCUUCCCAACACAGGGAUGGAACCCGGUUUCCCAAACCCAGGUCUCCCACAUUGCAGGCAAAUUCUUAA